AUGGCGACCAUUCAGCGAACGAGCAACACGCUCUCUGUGGCUUCGAAUCGGAGUUCCGAUGGCCAAUGCAAGCACCGCCAGAGCAUGCUGUUCCGGGAACUAGAAAUACUCCUCGAACUCACGCCCAGCACCUUCAGCUCACCACUUCUGGCUCUUCCAAGGGAAAUUCGCGACCAGAUAUUUGACUAUGUGUUACCCGACACCAGGAUUAAUCGUCCGGAACUUCACACAUGCCUGUGGGGAGCGGAAAUGUCAAAUGGAGAGCCCUGGAGACAUGACAUCUUCGGCUAUGGGCCCUCGGUAGCCAAGCCAUCGCGACUGCAACCAGAACUACUUCUCAUCAACAAGCAAAUACGCGCAGAGCUGAUGGAAAAUUACUUCAGCCGCAGCAAGCUCAAACUACAUGCCGAACUACGAAACACCCCAACGAACAAUGAAUAUUUUGAAUUCUCACAGCACAUCCUGAAGUUGCCCAUGUUGAAGCACGUAACGCACAUACGCUUUUACGUCGAAUGGAACUACACAACGCUCAAGAAUGGAGGAAGAGACAAGAUGCUGAAUGAUCAGGUCCGCAUGACAAUGAAUCUGCUAUGUGCAAUGGAUGAUAUCGCCUUGUCACUCCAAAACGUCGAAACCAUCGAGCUGUCUGUGCUCUUCUUCUGGAAAUUCCGAUCCGGAAAAAUGUACAGCCUUUCAAUGCAGGACCUCUUCGACCUCGAAGGAGUUUUCAAACGAUGUGCUGAGCUGCGUUGGCUUGGUUUACUCGGAGACAACGAACUACCUGGGAAGAAGACAAAAACGACUAGCACAUAUCUCAGCCCUGGCUCGGCAGCCACAGUUUCUUCGGCAGGUGUGGGCUACAAAAUGUCGACUGAACGCAAGGGCACUGAGCAAAGUGGUGGAAUGGAGAUUUGCGUUAGUAGGGAUCUGGAGGAUGCAAUGGAGGAGAGGAGGAAGAGUAGCGUGGACUUUUUUGGCAAUUAUGAGAUUGCAGAACCGUUACCGCAGCCAAGUUAUCGGCAUGGCACCAUGAUUUAG